AUCUUGCCGCGGAUAGAGUUUAAGAAGGGAUCGUCCCCUCAGACUCUGAACCUUUUCCACAGCUUCUCGCAGAGAGUCAUCCAGCCUGUCUCUGAAGCUGCUGUGACGCCGUGUGACGCCGUACCGCACUCGUUUCGCGGAUUUCCCCCCCUCCUCUCCGCGUCUACACCUCCAGGAAGUCUUUGAAGCAACGAAGUUUUGUCCAAUUUUGGUUCAGUUUUGAUUGCAGAUCGUGUUGAAGAUCUCGUCGGUGUGUGAAUUAAUUAGCGAAGUAGGAGAGUUUGUGAAGCAGUUCAAAAUCUCAAGAUUACUCACUUGUUGUGAGAGUCUCACGUCUUUGAAGUGGUGUUUGAAGCCGCUUAAAUCACGACCAUAUUGAGCUUUAAGGUGUGCAGAAGGCAUCUCUUGAGUGGAGAGAGAAGUCUUGGUCGCCUUUCGUUCUAAUUUCCACAAUGGGGCUCUUGGACAAACUCUGGGACGAUGUCGUUGCUGGACCUCAACCAGACCAGGGGUUGAAGAAGCUGCGCAAGGAGCGGUUGGCUGCGGGCUUGUCAGAUGUGUUUCAAGAUGAAAACGAUGAUUACGCGCAGCGGAUAAUGGAUCGGCGGAGGAGCGCUGAAUUUCAGCGUUCUCAGGCUGAGGCCCGUCAUGUGACUCAAAGCAUUUCAAUCAAGAAGCCACCUAUGCUUCGUCCAUUGGAUACCGACUCUGCUGCGAAUUCCCUAGGAAGCUAUGGGGAGUUCUCCAGUCCACCUGCUUCGCCUUCUCUGGCCUCGCCUUCUCCAAGAAUGUCUAGGGACAAGGAUCGAAGGUGGCGUAGCGUCUUUCAUCCGGACGCCAGGGAGAUGUCACGAAGCUGCUCCGGCAAGCACGAGCACGUUCCCCCUCCAACCUCACCCACAGUGUAUGACUGGGUGGUGAUUUCUGCUCUCGAUCGCUAGGGAUCUAUCGAUUUGCGGCAGGUUGGCCCUGGUGCAGGAUUAAUUGGCUUCCACUCCUACCUUGUCAUUCAUGAAAGUCGCUUUUUAUGACUUUCUGAGUUCGGGUAGUAGUCAUACUUGGGAUGUGUCGGAGGAAAUGUUAAACUGUGUACUUAGGACUGGUAUUUCUACAGUGAAGGUUUGUGAUCAGCGUCGUCGGCUGUGAGCUGGGAAGUAGAAUGUAAACAUGACGUUUGCAUUAACAGGAGCGAGGUGCAAGCUUCGUACUCGACGCUUGUUGGGACAAUGGUGCUAAAAGAAAUGGGCCUGUCCUUCACCCGUGAAUUCUCUAAUGCAAGCAGUCACAGAGAAUUAGCAAUAGCGUAUUACAUAUUUUGACGACUGUUCCAAACUUACAAGGAUGUAUAGAGUAAAUCUAGAUGACUAUGGCUUCCAGAUCCUGCUGGGAUCUUGACAUCCGUUCUAUGUCGUCUUUUGGGACAGAGGAACGUGAAACUUUAGAUGAUGAUGAAAAAUGUAGAGUAGAGAUGGACAUUCAGAUCCAUGGUUCAUGUGCAUGGAUUAUACAGCGAAGAUGCUGAUGCAGUUUACAGCCUGCAGCAGCCUGAGCCAGGGGUGUGUGUUGAGGGUUUGGGAGUAUGCACUGUACAGUGCUGGACGAGGUCCUUCAGUGCUGAACGUUGGCUGCGACUUCUGCAGUCCAACUUGUUUUUGCAGGAGAUAGGCAUCGCGACGCUUUUUGUAUAUUUAUUUGUAGAAGGCUUUUCCAAAGUAAUACAGUUUGCAGCUGACGUCGCAGAGAACGAUCUAUAUUGGCCCAGCUUUGACUGAAGGUGGUGAUUGAAGAGGGGCCAGGAUCUUGUAUGUAGGUUUAUAAAUAUACGAUUUGUGUUCGUUACCAUGUAAUACUGGAAUCUAUGGUUUGCAGUGUA